CUCCUGAGCCGAGCUGCUGCAAAACGCUCUCCCUUGCUCUACCCCCCACCAGCACCGCAAUACGCAGCCGGUCUGGGGGCCGAAACCGAAAGAGCCGCAGAGCGCCCAGCAGCUCUGCUCCCCCCUGCACUCCUGUGGGCGACGAGGCAGGAGGCCCAUCCGCCAGGCCAGGCCAAGGAGAGCAGCAGCGGGAGCAGCAUGUUCUACGCGGUGCGCAGAGGCAGGAGGAUCGGAGUCUAUCAGACCUGGGAGGAGUGCCGAGAGCAGGUGAACAGGUACCCGGCCGCCAGCUUCAAGAAAUUUGCCAGCGAGGCAGAUGCUUGGUCCUUCGUGGGCAGCGAGGCACUGCAGUCCUCAUCCCAUUCAGCAGGUACUAAUGGCAUAUCUAGUUUAACACAAAAGAGUGACAGCUACUGGAAUGAACUGGAGACAGCAAGCCCAAGUUACAGUAUAUGCAAGAGACCAUAUGAGCAGUCUUUGGAGGAAGAAUCAAACAGAAAACAUGUAAAAUACGAGACCUACUCAGCACCUUCAGUGAGCAAAGAUAAAUUCUCAUAUAUGGGUGACUCUGUAGUUGUUUAUACAGAUGGCUGCUGCUCAAGUAAUGGGCGUCGUAAGGCACGUGCUGGAGUAGGAGUCUAUUGGGGACCAGACCACCCUUUAAAUACUAGUGAUAGGCUUUCUGGACGGCAGACCAACCAAAGAGCUGAAAUACAUGCAGCCUGCAGAGCAAUAGAGCAAGCAAAGAGUCAAAACAUCAAGAAACUGGUUCUUUACACUGAUAGCAAGUUCACUAUAAAUGGGAGGCUCUUGGGCAGAACAAUGACUUUAUAUGAUUUUUGCAUUGCAGGUAUAACAAGUUGGGUAGACAACUGGAAAAAUAAUGGCUGGAGAACAAGCACAGGAAAAGAUGUAAUAAAUAAAGAAGACUUUGAAAGACUUGAUAAGCUUUCAGAGGGAAUGGAAAUUCAGUGGAUGCAUGUUCCUGGUCAUGCUGGCUUUACAGGAAAUGAAGCAGCUGAUAGACUUGCAAGAGAAGGAGCUGGAAAACAAAACUCCUAGCAUGCUAUCGUGACUAGAAAACUUCAUUCUUGCUAACUAAAGACUGUUUAAUCCAUAAGACAGACUCUCUUUUCAGUAUGAAAACUUCCUGUUGGAAUUGUACAAAAUAAAUUAAUUUAAACUUUGUUAUAACUAUUUCUGGUUUAAAAGUUUUAAAUAUAUGCUGUCCUGUAUAAACACACCUACUUUUUUAGGGUGUUCAGGUUACUUGGUUAAUCACUGCUUUGUUGGUAGAGGCUUGUUUAACAAUUAACUGAACAUUCAAAUAUUGGUAAAAGAAAGGUGUCCAGUGUUUUUAGUCCCAGUUUCCACAGUGCCUGUUAAGAAAUUUUUUUAGACAUUCCAUAACUGAGAUAAAACUUUGGGUUUUACAAAGUAUAAUAGUUUCAAAAAGUUUAUGAAGGAAAAUAUGUUGCAAUCUGAAUGCUAGACAGAUGUUUUCCCUUUACCAAGAGUAUUGAAAUAAAUUUAAACUUGAGAUGUUUGAUGUUGUUAUGUUUAUACGCACAUAGUGUAGAAAAUACCAAAGUGCAAUGGUAAUUAUUUGAACUGCAUAAUCCUAUAUAAAACAACUUCCCCAACUGCA